GGAAUUAGCAGCCCGAGAAGUGAGGACUUUGACUUUUUGCAACUAAGUCGGUGCGUCGCUGAACAUAUGUGCCUAACAAAAAUGGAAAGGUGUAAAUGCUGUGUAACAGGUGGGUUAAAAAUGGAAACUAAACCAACAGUGAAGAGGUCUGCAUCCGAUCUGGAUGUCAUUGACUUGGAUGUUUACUCCACGGCCAGAAAAAAGGCCAAAGUGUCAGCAUCAUAUCUAGAUGACAUAGACCUAGAUGACGAUUCCACGUCCAGCAAAAACACCAAAGGGUCCAUAUCAGAUCUGGAUGACAUUGACCUCGAUGUGGAUUCUGCACCUAGAAUAUGUAGAAUAAAAACAAAAGUAACUGUUAACAGUUCCUUGGAUGGAGGAAAUUUCAGUCAGAAGACUGAAGACUUCUGUGAAGCUGGCAAUGCGGAUGAUUCAGGGAUAUUAACUGGGUCACCCAGUGGAUUCACAACAAUUAGGACUGCAGUUAAUGUUGAAAAUGGAGGAAUGUCAGACUGGACUCAAGAUGAUAUGUCAGCCAUUUCCAAGAUUGCAUCACUGCAACAAGAUGCUGAGGUCAUUGCGUCUUUGGUGCCCAAUGUUGGUGUGUCAGUAAUUUAUGACAAACUUUUCCCAAUUAGAACAAAUCCAAACCGAAUGGACAUUGUGACAACAGAAUUACUUGACAAUCCACCUGAUGCCGCACAAACAGAUGAAGCCCCUAGAAGCAAAGGAGAAACUGCUUCAAAGCCAGCUCUCUAUGAGGAUGUGAAAUCUGUGAUUCACAAAGUUAAGCAAGUUGCUGCAUCUAUGAAAUUAAAUCCUGCUGAAAUUUAUGUUCUCCUGGAAAGGCAUGCUGAUGCUGCUGACCGGACAGAUGUUGUUGCUAAUCUGUUUCUCCAAGAUUUGAAGAAUACCGCUGGAGCUUCCAAUGAAGUGGACCUGUUUGAUGAGGUUCAGAAGGUGAUCACAAAGGUCCCAGCAGCAAAUCCUGAUCAGGUUUAUGCCUUGCUGGAGUCUUUUAGUAGCCAUGGUGACAGAGUUCAGAAAGUGGUUGAUCAUUUGUCAAAAGUUGUUGACAAGCCCAUCGUAAUUGAUGAUGAUUCUUUACCCAGUGAACCACAGUUGAUAAAUGACGACCCAGUGUUCUCAGACAUGAAAAAGGUAGCUGAAAUGUUUCCUGAAAUGGACAGGAAUGAAAUCUAUGCAUAUUUAGAAGCUCACCAUGAUAAGAAAGACAGGGUGUUGAGGGUGACAGAGGAAAUUGGUCGUUCAUCAACAGGUAGCCGCAGCACACCUCUAUCAGUCUCCAGUGAUGGAGGGGAGGUAACUCCAAUGAAACCAGCUUUUCAAGGUGCCUGUAGCCUUCAGGGGGAGGUUGACCAACUGCGGGAAAUAUUCCCAGAUUGUGAUCCUAACUAUCUGUUUGAACAGCUGGAAGAAAAGGCAAAUGAUGCAGAGAGAGUGAAAAAUUUGGCAGCACAAAUGUUUGAAAAACGGAACUAUCCAAAAAUUAAAGAUAUGUUGGAAAAAAAACAAAAAAAUGAUAGACAAGAACAGAUUAAGAAUUUAAAAUUUGACAUGGAAAACUUCUUAUCCAAAUUUCCAGAUCCAGUGGAAUAUUUCUCAAAAACAGACACAAAUAUGAGUGACAGUUAUAAAGAGCACUGCUUUGUCUAUGUUAGAAAUGAGUUUGACUGUUUCACAUUGGCACACAUGAAGAAGGUACUGGAGAAGUACAACCACCAUCUGGCACCAGCUCUCAGAGAACUGAAACAACUGAAAGAGGAGCCUGCUGAAACAAAAAAACGGCGCCGGAAAAUCAAGAGAAAACAUUCACCAUUUCCAGAUGAACCAGAUGAGAGAUUUUAUCAUGAACUUCUCUUCUCACAAAAUGAACAGAGAGUCACAGAUCAUUUUGUUAACAGAGAGCUGGAUAGGAAACAAAAACUUGAAGCUGCAAGAAGAAAUAGUGAACUGUAUGAAUGUGGAUGUUGUUUUGAUGAUGAACUUCUGUUUGAGGACUUGUCUGCCUGUGCAGACGGCCAUCUCGUCUGUCGAGAAUGUAUCCGCCGAUCUACGGAGUCCGCCCUUGGUGAAGGGAAGACAAAAUUCCCCUGCUUGACAGGGGAGUGUGAGUAUGACAUUCCACUGACAGUCCUGCAGGAAGUCCUCACAUCAGCAAUGUUCUCAAGAAUGUUGUCACGGUUACAAGAAGAGGAGAUUCGAAUGGCUGAAAUUCCUGAUCUUGUCGCGUGCCCAUUCUGUAAUUUUGCCACCAUUAUGUCUGACCCAAGUGAUAAAGUAUUUAAGUGCCUCAACCCAGAAUGCCUCAAGGAGACUUGCAGACUGUGCAAGGAACCCAAUCAUGUGCCACUGAAGUGUGAGGAGGUGGAGAAACAAGGGGAAACCAGCAUGAGAACCUACAUCGAGAACCGCAUCUCGGAGGCCAUGUUGAGAACCUGUCACCGCUGCAAGAAGAGGUUCUACAAGGAGACUGGCUGCAACAGGAUGACAUGUUCCUGUGGCGCUACCAGUUGCUACGUGUGCCGGAAACCAAAUAUUGACUACAGCCAUUUCCAAGGUGGAAGAUGCAGCAACACUGAGGAUGCCCAAAAAAUCCACUUGGAGGAGAUGGAGAAGGCAGCCAAGGAGGCCAAGGCACAAUAUCUGAAGGAUCACCCGGAUGCAGACAUCCACUCUCUCAAGUACGACCCCAGGAAACAUGUACAAGAAUAUAAACUGACAUCCGGUUUUGGGAUUAGGAAUGGAGAAAGGGAUACUGGUGAUGAUGAUGAAGAGGUUGAAGAUGAUGCCGAUGAUGGCAUACAAGUGGUGGAAGAUGAAUGGUCAGAUGACGAUGGGUUAGGGUAUUAUUUCUACUUCUAGGACAAAUCCUGUCUACUUCAAGACCAAGUUAUUAUCAUUGCUCCUAUCUUAUAAUCUGUCACUUCAUUGUCCUGUGUCAGGAGUUUGGGAUGGCCUAAAGCGUCAUGUUUCAUCUCAAAUAACAGAUGGAGUAUGCCAUUAACAUUGUCCAAACUCAGGCCGACAGGCUAGGGUUACAUGGCUGUGAAGCCUUGCACAGUGCCUCAGAGAGUAUUCAUUGUUUACAUAUUUAUUUUUCUAUACAAAUGGCUACAGUAUGUCUUUAGGUAGUCUGUUGUUUCAUGUUUGGCCAUAAAUCUUCUUGUCAUUAUGCUCAGAUCCACAAGCAUGGUACGACCAUUUUACUAAACUAAUCAUAACAGAUUCUGCAUUGCUGAGAUCAUAUGUUAGUAAUGUAAAAUAUGGAUACGAAUAGUUACUAUGAGUCCAUACACACUAUAUUUUGAGGUUGUGAAAUAAUAAAAGCAUUCACAUCA